AUGCUGGGAAAAUGGGAUAUUGACAUGAAGAAGAAUAAAACCAGACUCUCCUGCCACCUCACAAAAAGCAACUCAAACUGGGUUAAUGAAUUAAAGAGUAUUGCUGCAGCAUGGUUGCACCACAGUUUAUCUGCCCACCUGAUGAUGGGCACUGAGGCUGUUGCCAGUGUCACAACAUGUGGCUACAGAAUAAGUGCCAAAUUCGAGAAGCCAAUUAUAUCUGGAAUCAUAGGUGGGGAACCUGCAAGCAUUACAGAGUUCCCGUGGCACGUGGCCAUCCUUAGUGAAGGGCAGUAUCUCUGUGGAGGCACCAUUCUCAGUGAGUGGUGGAUUCUGACUGCAUCCCAUUGCUUCAUCAAAGCAAGCAGCUCCAACCUCUCAAUUGUACACGGCACGGAUGACUUCAGUAUCCCGAAUUUGAUGGAGGUGAAAGUGGACAAGCUAAUUAUCCAUUCUGAUUUUGACAGCUGGAUCUUGGAUAAUGACAUAGCUUUGCUCUUGCUGCAAUCCCCAUUAAGCCUCGAUGUCAACAAUGUACCCAUCUGCCUUUCAAAGGUCACUGAUGUACAGAGGUGGAAUGGCUGCUUGGUGACCGGCUGGGGUACCCACGGCAGCUUAGAGACUCCAGGCACUCCAAAUUCCAAGCUGCAUAAAGUGGACCUCAACCUAAUCCGCUGGGACAGGUGCUUCCGUGAUUUGCCCUUGGUCACCAAGAACAUGUUGUGUGCUGGCAAUUCUCAAGGUGGAAAGGAUUCCUGCAAGGGUGACAGCGGGGGACCUCUGAUUUGCCACAAAAAGAACAACAAUAGCAUAUGGUACCAGUUGGGCAUCAUCAGCUGGGGAGUGCAAUGUGGAAAUAAGGACUUCCCUGGAGUGUACACGAAGGUGUCAAAUUAUCUCUCAUGGAUUGUGAAGGAGACAAAGAAGGCCGGGAAGCCUUAUCUGCACCAGCCAGACUCCGGGUACAGUUUGUUUCUCUCACCCUGGGCCACCUUGUUCCUAUAUUUUGUGAUACUUCUACUGUCCUUCUGAUUAAACACUGUGUCAUCU